AUGGAUAGAAAACGUCCAAGAAAGUUAGACUUAAACGCACCCCUUUUGUCAACAAGGCGUCUUGGUUGUUCAGUUGUUGGAGAUUCAUCUUGCUCAUCAUAUUCAGUAUGUGCAAUCCAAAAAACAAGUGAAAGAGUUCCAUUUUCAUGGGAGAAAGCACCAGGUAAGCCAAAAGUGACCGAGAGGAAUUGCAGCACUCAAGAUGGUGGCACGCCACGCCUAAGACUACCCCCUAGUCAUUGGCUUCUUUCAAGAAAAGCAUCUGAAACUGAUGUUGAUGAUGCUAACGAUGCAUUUCAUGAUCAAGGAGAUGGUAGUUGUGUAGGAAAUGACAACAGGGAUGAUAUUUUCUCAGAUGCUAUGGAUGUUUUCUCUCUAUCAGAGGCAUUAGAUUAUGUGCAAAAGAAAUCAGAGAAUGUUCAUAAUGAAAAAAAUGAAGGGUUGAGGUUAAAGCUUGCAGAGUGUAAUGGAUACCAAUCUCCAACCUACAUGAUCAAUCGCUUUCUUCCUGAUGCAACUGCUUUGGCUGCAUCAUCUGCUUUACAUUUUUCUAGGAACUUUGAAGACAAAGAUUGUGAUACUUGUGGAAGUUAUCCAGAGUGUUAUAUGAGGCAUUCGUAUGCUUCUUCUCCAAAGGGUUGUGGGUUUGAAUUUCUGUUCCCAUGGCGUUUGAAGCAUAAGCUUUGUGCUAUUGAAAGACCUGUGUUGCCAUGCUCCAGUAAUUUGCACAAACAUCAACGUAGCUCAAAACAGAAGAAGCCUGGUUCAUCAACUUAUAUUCCUUGUACAAACGUGAAAGAAGAUAUUUGA